CUUGAUCGAAUUGCACUAUGCUCGCGAGAUACCGUGCCGCGCGACUCGAGAAGCACACCAUUCGAACCACCAGCGGGCGGUUGACAUCGCCAUGAAGCCAAAAAGGAAACCCUAAAUGUGCACCUUUAGGGUUUCCUCCGUCGUUAGCUAGUGGGGAGAUCUCCCAAACCCUACACCCAAACCCUUUCGUCCACCCUUACCCGAAGCGUGAAAAGAGGAUGUUGACCUCAUGUUUCCCCGGCAGCGCCCAACGGAUUUGAUGCGGCUUUCCCGGUGGGCAUCAAGGUGUGCUGCUGAGUCCCAACGUGUGCGGGACGGCGGCACAUGUCGUGUUGUGCGACGCCGACGUCGACGGUGCAGCUGUUACGUACGGUGAAGGCUCUCAUGAGAUCAAGGAGUACUACAUCCACAAGCACUAUCUCUCUGAGGGCCAUCCCGACAUCGCCAUUGCCACGCUGCAGCAGAAUGCCUCUCCCCGCCGUCAGACAUCCAUCUGUUACGGCCUGGAUAUCGGGGUGCAGCUGGAGGCGCAGGAGAUCGUCACUGAGGAAGGCGCGUCAGCCGAGUACCAGUACAGCCGUCGGUUUGGUGGCGUGGUCUGCGGCGUGAACAAGAAGGAUGAUGGCACGGUGUCGUUCCUGCAGCUGUCGGGCAUCAGCUCAAAGCCGGGUGACUCGGGGAGCCCGCUGUCGGUCAAGGACAAGGGGGCGGUGGGCGCCAUCGUCCACGGCCUGUCGGCGCAUCGCAACCGAGGCGUCCGCCAUCGUCAGGACCCCGAGGAGACCGCUCAAGUGUAUCAUCAGCUAUUCGUCUGCCCGCUGGACUCACUGCGGGAGCCAACGGGAAACUUCCUGCACGUGCCGCGCUCCUUCCUGCGAAAGGCGCCGUCGGCAUCUAGGUAUUCUCUCAUGCAGUGCAUCGAGGAGCUUCCCGUCGGCUUCUUCGAUGCAACGAACCGGCAGACAUCGCUUCGCGACUACUUCGACGCGCACGCCCAACCGUCAGCAGACCCCUCUAAGAUUUCCAUGCCAGCCCCCCAGCAGCAGCCUCCGACCAUACCUGACGGUACACCCGACUGGGUGCAGCCACUGGUGCAGGCGAUCACACAGCCACUGGUGCAGUCGAUGACACAGGGGUUCGCCGCCGUGGACAAGGGGCUCGCCGCCGUGGACAGGCGUUUGGCGACGAUAGAGGGCGAUGUGAGGGACUUGCGACAACGAGCGACAGGGUACGACAAGCGCACAACGACAGCGCCCUCAGCGAUCGCCAACGACAUGAAGUCCGCCAUCACCCACCACGUGAGGGCGGGCGAGAUAGUGCUGCAGGGGGAGGUCGGUCAAGGAGGGGCUCAAGGGCAGCAGGCUGGCUUGCAGCGAGUGGGAGACUCGCAGCAGGAGCUUGAUGAGGAGGAGAUCCUCGGCUGGACCAUCGGCAACUUCAUCCGCGACCUUGUGGACAGCCUCAGCCGCCCUCAAGCACAGGUAUGUACGUAAGCAGGCAGACUUACACGGGAAGGAACAGCAGUGGGUGGAGUAGUGCGAAGGGAUGCAUGUGUCAUUGUGUGUGUGUGGGUGUGGGUGUUGUGUUGUGUUGUUGUUGUGUAUUGUGUGCGCGCAGGACAUCCAGCUGACUGCGAAGUGGAUCAAGUGCCAGCAGCUGGCUGUAGCUGCAGCUGAGCUGUAGUGUGUGGUGAGGGCUGGGCGGCACGAGGGGGUGAUGCGGUGAGUUGGGUGUUCGUUGGCUGGCGAUUGACUGAUUGACUCAUUGGCAAUGGACGACCAGACAUUCAAUGGUUGUUGUGCACGGCGGGCAUCCGCUGCAUGCCACUGUCCACGG